GCGAAGGUGUCGUUAACAGUUGAGGCGAGGUGCGGGGUCGUAGAGGGGGCUUAGGAAUAGAGCAGCGGUUAGAUGCAGAAGCUCUGGAGAGUAUAGGGGCUGGAGAAGAGCCACAGGAGUUGAGGGGACCGAGGAGUGAAGGUGGCAGAGGAACGUAGGGGACAACAGCCUGGAGGAAGGAGACGAUUGCCUCGAGCUGGAGAGUUCCAUGGCUGAGAGUAGGCUCCGGGCCCCGGACCUAGGGGCUCAGCUAGGAGUUUCCAGGUAUCUGGGAAAAUGCCAGAAGAACUCACCAGGUGCCAGGAGGCAUCCCUUUUCCGGAAAGUCCUUUUACUUGGAUCUGCCUGCUGGCAAGAAUCUCCAGUUUUUGACAGGGGCCAUUCAGCAGCUGGGCGGGGUAAUUGAGGGUUUUCUGAGCAAAGAAGUAAGUUACAUCGUGUCCAGCCGCAGAGAAGCAAAGGUGGAGAGCAGUGGGUCAAGCCAUAGAGGCUGCCCUAGCCCUAGCCCCAGCGAGGUCAGAGUGGAAACAUCGGCCAUGGUUGAUCCAAAAGGCAGCCACACCAGGCCUGCACAGAAACCCAUUGACUCGGUGCCUCUGAGCAGAGGGAAGGAGCUGCUGCAGAAGGCCAUCAGAAACCAGGGGAGCAGCAGUAGAGGAGGCAGUGGGAGCAGCAGCAGCCUCCUGACCAAUGCCCGCUCUUGGGGAGUGAGGAUUCUGCACGUGGAUGAAAUGAUGAUGCACGUGCAGCAGCUGUCUCUUGCCUCUUUAUGUGUGAAAAAACAAGAGCCAAAGAAGCCAGAGGGAACAUGUCCAGCAGCAGAGUCAAGAACACGGAAAGUGGCCAGACUGAAGGCACCGUUCCUCAAAAUUGAAGAUGAAAGCAGGAAGUUUCGUCCUUUCCAUCAUCAGUUUAAAUCCUUUCCUGAAAUUUCUUUUCUGGGACCCAAAGAUGCAAGUCCCUUUGAGGCUCCGACGACCACGGGCAGCAUGCACCAUACCAGAGAAUCCAAGGAUGGAGAGCCAAGCCCAAGAUCAGCUGCCCAAACCAUGCCCAGGAGGAAGAAAGGCUACUGCGAGUGCUGCCAAGAGGGCUUUGAGGAGCUCCACGUGCAUCUUCAGAGUGCCCAGCACCGGGGCUUUGCCCUAGAAGCCCGUCCAUAUGCAGAGGUGGACAGGAUCAUCGCCCAGCUCAGCCACAGUUUUGCAGACAUCCCUUUCCAGGCCAGUCUCCCCAGGUGGUCAGGUUCCCUGGCUUCUGACUGUGACCCUCUCUUUCCUGAGACUCUGCACCCCUGCCAGCUCUCCCAUCCCAGGGCAGCAUCUCCCAGGAUGAGGAAAGAAGACAGCUGCCAGGCAUCAGGCUUCCCAGAGCAGGAUGGGACAGUGGACAGCAUGCAGGCACCAGCUGAACGUGCAGGGACUGGCGAGGUACCCGGACCUAUAGCAAGCUGCCAGGACCUGGAGGGGUCAGUUGAUGUGUUCGUGGACCACCCAGGGACACCAGUGUUCAGGAGCCCUGCUUGCCAAUGCCUCCUGCCUAGCUCUGGUUUUAUGGAACUCUCCUCUGGCCCAGACCUGGCACUUGUUGGCCACAAGCGGAAGGUUCAGUUCCCCAGUGGCAGUGCUGAGAAGAGAGCGGGGGCCUCCUGGCCACAGGCUUCAUUUUUUGUCCCAAGAGCCCCCAGCCCCUGUGGUACCAGGACAACCAGUGGCAAGCAUCUUCCCUCUCUUCCUCUUCCAGGCCAUCAGUCUAGGCCCCUUGCCUCCCUCUUGCCCUCGUGCCACUCACAGACCUGCCUCUCUCUCCCAGACCCCUUCCCCUGGCAGCUCACAGACAGACCAGCAGAGUUCUGGGCCACACAGCCCCUCUGGCUGGGGGGAGAGUGGCCCCCAGGGCCUGAGGAUUCUGAGUGUGCAGCCCCUGGCCCUGAAUCCCAGGAGGCUGGCCAGCUCCCCAGCUGCCCCAUAGCUCCAGGCUGGCCAUCAGCCCCGCCUCACUCAGCUACCAGUGAGCAGCCCUCAGGAGCACCUGCAGAGACCAAGUCUACCUCUCCCCCCAAGCCCCGGCCAGCCAGUGCAGGAGCUAGCUGCUCCCGAUGCCUCUGGGCCCCCCAGCCUCUCCAGGUGCCCUGCCUCCCGGUCUCCCAGCCCCGGCCUCAGCCCCGGCCCCAUGCUGGCAGAGAGCUGCUCCUGUGAGUCCCCAAGGUGCUUGGCUCGUCAUGGGGCCAGGCAGCUCCAGACUGAAGGGCCAAAGACACAAUUUAUUCUUCUGCUGGGUGCCACACACCUGGCCAGGGCUGAUCAGAACACAGGAGGGGCAGAGCCCCAGCACUUCCCCAAAGAGCCAGAAGGAGGCCUGGGCCUGAUCUUUGAAGUGCAGUAAGCAGCUGUCACAUUCAGCUCCAUGGAGCCGACAGAGCCAGCCCUCCCACUGGCCAGGUCUCUGGGAGGAAAUCUGGGCUGGGGGCUGCCCUCUCCUACUCCCGCCUCCACCAUGUUCCUAACCAGGCAGAGUCUACAGUGGACUUACCCAGCCGAGGCUGGCUGCCCACACCAGGAGGUAGAGGUGAAGUUGGCAUGGGGAGGGACCACAAAGGAGUUGGGGCAGCAGGAGUCCUGGCCCAGCUUUCUGGCCCUCCGCAGGCCCUUGCCUCUGCAGAGCCGAGGGUUAGCUGUUGGUGUUCUCCACCCCCAACCCCAGCCUCCUUUCCCGUGAGCACGUGGCCGCUCUUGCUUUCCGAAAUGCCUGUGUUCAUCCCUUCCCCCAGCCCCCCACACUCCUGCACACAGAUCCUCAGGAACAUAUGAAGCAGAGGAGGGGCUCGGGCUGCGCCACUCACAGAGCUCCCUCCCCCAGGCACUUAGUUGAGGCCCAGCACUGACCUUUCUCCUGAGCCCAGGAUGUGGAACCCCUCUCAGCCCUUCUCUGUUUCCUGAGCUUGAGCCGCCCACCCAGAGUUCGGCUAUUCCAGGGCCAGUGUGUCACCUGCCAACUUCCACUCACCCUCCUCCCUCACUCCCUCCUCUCUUUCCCCAAGGACCUCCCCCCAUUUCUGGCAGCCAAGCCAUUAAUCUGGAGACAGAAAUGGGUUUGCUAUCGAUUCUCUGGCCACUUUUUUUUUUUCAUUACAAUUUGUACUGUGGUUCUCACCCUUCUCUGCAUCCCUGCAUUUGUCUCUUUAAAUGUUGAAGCUCCCGGAACCCUGGCGCUAUUCUGUGUCUCCUUUCAGAGGAAGAAAGGGGGGCCCAGCUGCGGGUGAGGACUCAAGUUCUUAGUUUGGAAAUAGAGCAACUGUGUGUACAGCCCACUUUAAAGGUCAUGUUACCCCCUUCCUGUUAAGUUUUAUAAUGAAUUUUGGUUCAGGAAAUGUAAAUAAAUUUGUUAAUAAAUAGGAAAGA